AUGCCGUCGUCCCAGAACGCCUCUGGCGACCUCGCCGUCAAGCCCGAAUACCUCUCUUCCCAGCCAUCUGGUAUGGCUAAGCCGUCAGAGCCCAACCGAAACACGAAGUACGAUCCCCGGAAGGUUCACAUCACUGAGACCCCUCUCACUCGGUCAAACUGGUACAAGCACGUCAACUGGCUGAAUGUCACGUUCAUCGUUGGUAUUCCUCUUUUUGGCUGCGUGCUCGCCUGGUACACACCUCUGCAGCUGAAGACUGCCAUCUUUGCUGUCACCUAUUAUUUCGCCACCGGCCUCGGUAUCACCGCUGGCUAUCACAGACUAUGGGCACACACUUCGUAUUCAGCCACUCUUCCUCUCCGAAUCUUCCUUGCUGCGGUUGGUGGCGGCGCCGUCGAGGGCUCGAUUCGUUGGUGGUCUCGUGAUCAUCGUGCCCACCAUCGCUACACCGACACCGACAAGGACCCCUACUCCGUUCGCAAGGGUCUCCUUUAUUCUCAUCUCGGUUGGAUGGUGAUGAAGCAAAACCCCAAGCGUAUUGGCCGCACUGAUAUCUCGGAUCUCAACGAAGACCCAGUUGUUGUCCUCCAGCACCGCCACUACAUCAAAGUUGUUGUUCUGAUGGGACUGGUCUUCCCUACUGUCGUCGCCGGUCUCGGCUGGGGUGACUGGAUGGGCGGCUACGUUUAUGCUGGCAUUCUCCGCAUCUUCUUUGUCCAGCAGGCCACCUUCUGUGUCAACUCUCUUGCCCACUGGCUCGGUGACCAACCUUUUGAUGACCGCAACUCUCCUCGCGACCAUGUCAUCACCGCUCUCGUCACUCUAGGUGAAGGCUACCACAAUUUCCACCACGAGUUCCCUUCCGAUUACCGCAACGCCAUCGAGUGGCACCAGUAUGACCCCACCAAGUGGUUCAUCUGGACCUGCAAACAGAUCGGCCUUGCCUACGAUCUGAAGCAGUUCCGUGCCAACGAGAUUGAGAAGGGUCGUGUUCAGCAGCUCCAGAAGAAGCUUGAUCAGAAGCGUUCGAAGCUUGACUGGGGUGUGCCUCUCGACCAACUUCCCGUUAUGGAGUGGGAUGACUAUGUUGACCAGGCCAAGAAUGGCCGGGCUUUGGUUGCCGUUGCUGGUGUUGUUCAUGACGUUAGCAACUUCAUCAAGGACCAUCCCGGUGGCAAGGCCAUGAUCAGUUCCGGGCUCGGCAAGGAUGCUACUGCCAUGUUCAACGGUGGUGUCUACAUGCACAGCAAUGCCGCACACAAUCUUCUGUCGACAAUGCGUGUGGGCGUCAUCCGCGGUGGUUGUGAGGUCGAAAUCUGGAAGCGCAGCCAGAUGGAGGCGAAGGGUGAGGUCAUCCGUGACGCGAGCGGCGAUCGCAUUGUCCGGGCCGGUUUGCAGCCUACCAAGGUUGUGCAGAAUGUCGCUACUGCAGGUGCGGCUUGA